UUAAUACUUUGAAUGGAAUUGAGAUAUUCUCUGUCAGAUAUUUUGAUGCGUGAAUAUUUGUCUUUUAACAGGAAGAAAGUUCGAUUCAACCGAAAGAAACUGAAAUUAUCAUCCAGAAACUGCCACUGGAUUUUUUUCCCUCUCUCUAUCGCUCUCUCAAACACACGAACACGAAGAGUAUCAGAUUCACUCACCAGUCACCACUCAGCUUCGCUGCAGUUUCAGAUGAAUUGCCUUCCAAAUUUUGCAAGAUCCUCUUCUUUACCUCUGCAGAGCUUCAAAAACUAUUCCAGAAAUCGUCAAUUUCCUGUCACUUUCCAGGGUAUGGAUAGAGGUUUUAAUUUAUCACAGACACAAGUUAAUGUUUUGAAGGCAGUAUCUGGUUCUGCAUCCAACACUGAUAGCGACACAGAGAAAAAUGAAAAAUCUGAAACGUACAGUCAUGACAUGACUGCAGCAAUGGGAGCUGUCUUAACCUAUAGACAUGAACUUGGAAUGAAUUACAACUUCAUUCGUCCUGACUUGAUUGUGGGAUCCUGCCUUCAGACUCCUGAAGAUGUUGAUAAGCUUCGCAGCAUUGGAGCGAAAACUAUAUUUUGCUUACAACAAGAUUCUGAUCUUGAAUAUUUUGGCGUUGAUAUCAGUGCCAUCCGUGAAUAUGCCAACAGCUGCAGUGACGUUCAACAUUUACGUGCCGAAAUAAGAGAUUUCGAUGCAUUUGAUCUGCGGAUGCGCCUUCCAUCAGUUGUAAGCAAAUUGCACGAGGCCAUUAAUCAAAAUGGGGGUGUAACUUAUGUACAUUGCACAGCUGGCCUUGGAAGAGCUCCGGCAGUUGUGUUGGCAUAUAUGUUCUGGGUUCAAGGCUACAAGCUCAGUGAAGCACACAAUCUACUAAUGAGCAAGCGUUCGUGCUUUCCAAAUCUAGAUGCCAUCAAAAGUGCAACUGCUGACAUUCUUACAGGACUGAGAAGAAUGCCUGUAACAUUGACAUGGAAUGGCGGUCACUGUUCGACAGUGGAAAUCUCUGGACUUGAUAUUGGAUGGGGUCAGAGAAUACCUUUGAAAUAUGAUGAGGAACAAGGUAUAUGGAUUCUCCAUAGAGAAUUGCCAGAAGGACGCUAUGAGUACAAGUACAUUGUUGACGGUGAGUGGAUGUGCAAUACGUACGAGCUCGUCACUUGCCCCAACAUAGAUGGUCAUAUAAACAAUUAUGUUAAGGUGUUUGAUGAUAAUCCCAGUAGCAUUGAUGCUGCAAUUCGGAAUAGACUAACUGGUGACGACCCUGAUCUUACGACCAAUGAACGUAGCAUGAUUAGACAGUUUCUUGAAGCGUGUCCCGAUGACUAGUUAUGCCAGCAUAAGAGAUAAUAAUUAUAUGUAUAGAGUAGUAUACAAAUCGUUACUUCUCAAAAAUCUCCUGUACCGAUGCAGGAAACGCAAUAAUACAUGUUAUGCUUAUUGUACUAGUUGUAUUGUACUUCUAAUGGAAGGCAAAAUGAUGUUUUACAUCCCUCAGCCGUGGUCCUUUACUUUUUGUCA